GGGUUCAUUGUGUUUUACCUAUUAUUUAUUUACAGUAAGAGGUAAAUUAAACUACUUUCGGGAAUGGGACCCUUACCAACAUUUUUUUUUUUUUUUUUUUUUUUUACAUGACCAUUUUACCCCACUUGAUAGCUCACUCACUUUGGAUCUCCAAAUUCUGUACCCACCAAAGUAAAGUGAAAUUUAGAAGGGUGGGUUCAAUUUGGAUCUCCAAAUUCAAUUUAAAGGGGAAGAAGCAAUGAGGAAAUUACAGUGCCAAAUUUGUGUAGCCGCCACCGUCACUUACCAUCCAACUCCCAAAAAUCAAGAUGGACGGUCUGGGUCUCAUCAUCAACGUCAGGCUUCUUCUCCUUGCUUGGUUUUGCCAUCGAUCUCGUCCAGGUCCAAUAUCAUUCUUGAAGUGCUUCUCAUACAAGGAUAUAAAAAAGGCAACGGAUGGAUUUCGUAGAAUCAUGGAUAACCCUUCCCAUGGGUCUGCUUAUAAAGCCAAAUUUCAAGAUGGUCGUAUUGCUCUGGUUAAAGAAGUAAAAGCUUUCAGUGAACAAAAGGAUGCCUUCUAUAGGGAAGUUCAACUCUUAGGGCGCUUGCAUCACCGUCACAUUGUUGCUCUCAGUGGGUUCUCCACCGGCCGUAAGAGGUUCCUUGUGUUUGAAAACAUAGAGAAUGGAAGCCUGAAGGAACAUCUAAAUGAUCCUCUUAAGACUCCCUUGAAUUGGAGAACAAGGUUACAAAUAGCUGUUGGUGUGGCAGCUGCAUUGGAAUAUUUGCAUUUCUUCUGCGAACCACCGAUGUAUCAUGUCUCCAUCAGUUCGAGUACCAUCAUGUUAGAUGAGAAUUUCACUGCAAAGCUCUCCGAUGUUGGCCUCCUAAGUUCUGGAGGAACUCAUGUUAUACUGCCACACGCUUCUUGCUCAAAUGAAUGUGUUGGACUGGCAUGUGGAAAUAUGAUCUUUCAGCUGGGCUUACUAAUCCUUGAGCUCGUUACUGGUCAGUCAUCUGAGAAGGGAGAUGUUGAUUUGAUCGAAUGGGUCCAAGAAUCUCGCUCUCAAAAAUCCAUACAUAAGAUGAUAGACCCAGAUCUUGGAAAUAGUUAUGAUUCGAAAGAGCUUAAAGGUCUUUUAGCUGUAGCAAGAUUGUGUAUAAAUUCUGCAGAUAAGCCAUCAUUUUUAAUUCCUCAGAUAUUUCGUUAUCUUCAGAAGAAGGUGGGCAUUCCAUAAGACUUGUAUUGAUGACUGAGCUGAUGUUUAUAUUAUAUGAAAGAAAUAUCAUUUUUUUUUUUUUUGCUUAUUCAUUUGAAAUGGAAUUGAUUGUUUGUCUAGAUUUUUUAGCCCCCCAUUCAAAUAAUGGCCGAAAAGUUUUCCUUUUCCUUU